AUGGCUCAAGAUCUGCUUUAUCGGGGAGGUUUUUGGAUGGAGGGUCGUGUUGACAACUACAACGACAUGGAGGAAAUUAGGAGGAUACUACGGCAACUUACGGAACGCGUCGCUCGCAUCGAAGCUCGAACCCAGAUAGGUAAGAGUUCUAACGGGGAGAGAUGCGUGAACCCUUAUUUGAACCGAGUAGCUCGCAUCGACACUCUAAGCCGUGGGAGUCUCGACGGGGAGUACGAGGGGGAUAACUCUUUUCAUUAUUGCGCUUCGUUGUGUGAGUCAAGUGAAGAGUACGGUUAUUCUCAUUGUGUCUUUGAAGGUAUAAAUAGAUUUGGUAAUUUUGGUACAUCUUAUUAUUCAUCAAAGUUAUUAAAUUUGGAUUUGCCUCCAAUAUUUGAUCCUUGCAACUGUGAAAAUUGCAAUGAAAAUUGUUUGGGUGUUCAAAGCAAUUUUGAUAAGCAAUUUAUUGAUCAGAACAGUGAAGAUAUGAGAAUUGAGAAAACUUUCGAAGAUAUUAUUGAUUUUAUGGGCAUUAAUGUUUUCACUUGGAAGGUUGCCAAAACUUUGGUUGAUUUUGUCAGUCGGUUGAAGAUUCUAGAGAGAAACAUUUGCAUUGUUAGAGGGAGUAAGAAGAAGCCAAGAAUAACGAAAUAUUCCAAAUAUCUAUUUAUUUGGAAAGGAAGGUUUCAAUUGGAUGCCAAAAGAUCUAGAAUUAAUAUGAAGCAAUUGGAGAUUUUACUCGGAUUUUCCUCAAUCAAAGGCUUGAAUUCGAGGACGAAUUCUUUCCAACCAGGGGAGUCUGAUGCAGAAGCAUAG